AUGCCAUCCCUACCAACCCUGUCAGGCACCAACCCCACAUCAUCCCCGCAAGCAUCAGUCUCAGAAGCCCUAUACACCGUCCAAGCAGAAGCCAUUGAUGAUAUCAGCGAGGCUUUGGAGAGAGCUGCUUUGAACCCGGAAGCAGCAGCAGGAGCGCAGGAAGGGAAGAUCGGUGGGAAGAUGGAGAAGGUAGAGCAGAAGACUGCGGUGCUGGCUCCCCCGUCGCUAGCACCACCCAGGGGCGUUCCGGGCCCGAGGUUUGAGUUAGAGAGGAGUCCGUUUCUCGGGGAAGAUGAUGAGGAUGAUUGA